GUGGGCGGGUCAUAGCCCGGAGUCUGAGCAGCCGAAAUGGCUUUGAGAGCUGCGCUGAGAAAAAAGUCCGUCUUUUCAGGUCUUCUUUCCUGCAGCAGUCAUGGCAGAGUGUGUGUGUCUCCCGUCCUCGUUGCUCAGCGGAGGAGCAGCUCCACCUCGCCCAAGAUCAAGGUGGAUUUUGACCAAAGCACGGGUGUGGCGGUGAUGUGCCUCCAGAAUCCGCCGGUCAACAGCCUCAGCUUAGACUUCCUCACCGAGUUGUGCAUCAGAGUGGAGAAGCUGGAGAUGGAUAAGAGCUGCCGCGGCCUCAUCAUCACCUCGAGCCAGCCCAAGGUCUUCUCUGCUGGACUGGACAUCAUGGACAUGUACGGGAAAAGUCAAGAGCACUGUAGAGAAUUCUGGAGAGCCGUUCAGGACAUGUGGCUCAAACUCUACGGCUCCAACAUGGUCACCAUCGCUGCCAUCAAUGGUUCCAGUCCUGCAGGAGGCUGCCUCAUGUCCUUAACGUGUGACUACAGGAUAAUGGCGGACAACCCUCGUUACACCAUCGGCCUUAAUGAGACGCUGCUGGGCAUCGUGGCACCUCCUUGGUUUAAGGACACCAUGUCGAACGUGAUAGGCCACCGACACACAGAGAUGGCUCUGGAGCUGGGGCUGCUCUUUAACCCUUCAGAGGCCCUGAGGAUAGGCCUGGUGGACCAGCUGGUACCUGAAGACCAGGUCCUCACCGCAGCCACACAGACCAUGACCAAGUGGUUGGCUAUUCCAGACUACGCCAGACAACUCACCAAGUCCAUGAUGAGGAAGCAAACCAUCGACAAGCUAGCGUCCAACAGAGACGCCGACAUCCAGCACUUUGUCAACUUCAUCACCAAAGACUCCAUUCAGAAGUCGCUCGGCGUGUACAUGGAGAUGCUGAAAAAGAGACGGGGCUAGAGGACACGGGGGGACCUGUGACAUCACUCACAUAAACACACAGAAAAGGGGACACAAAUAAACAGUUGUUGAAAGAGUUUUUCAGUGUCAGCUGUACAAAUAAAGCAGCUCAUCUUCACGACAGUGUUCAGCCAGUGAGUUUGGGACAAAUAUGUCCAGGACAGACACCAGCGAUCCACUGACAGUUACAUGUCUCCAUCUAUAUUUCUGCAUACUUUAAAGUAACAUCAGUAAAUUACACUUACCUUGAAAGGUUUUCACUUAUUUUGAGAAAUGUGUAGUAAGCUGGUUAGCCAGACGUGCUAACAUUGUCCCAUCAGAUCAGACACUCGCUGCUUUUAAUUUGUAGUUCCACUUCCUGUCAGCCCCUGGUAGCACAUUUCCUUUUAACACUUUUCUGGCACACACGGCACACAUGCGAGCUGCAGCAGUUCAGCGAGGUGACUGUCACAUACUGCUCACGACUCUGAGGUUGUCCGUCUUUGGCGCGGCGGCUUCUUUGCGCUGAGUGUUAACCCGAAUCAGCGCAGCCUGCUUUGACUCGGUGCAGCCACAAGUGCUAAAUUCCUCCGCAGCCCAGUGCGAAGGGGAUGUCAGCGAGGGCGCGUUGAACGAUGAGCGAAACGCAGCCCGUACCGCAGCUCUCUCAGUGCAGCACCGUUAACAUUAUUUUGGCAGGCAGAGAACUCCAAAGCUUGACAGAUGCACCGCGCCAAGUUUUUAAGCUACGAUUGAACGACUGCAAAGCCUCAGACCGCCACCAAGUGCCGCGCUCGACUGUACCUGCAGGAACCAUAAUGAAAGUAACCCUCGGUGCAUCUGAACAGCCCGCAGCGGCAAAGCCUCUAACACAUUAAGUGCAGUAUAGUUUUUGAUUUUUUUGGGGGGUUGAACUUUCUGUAUAAUUGUGUGUUUGUAUGUCAUCGGUGGAUUGAUGAGUGUGUUUAUUAAAGAAUGAAUCAAAGGAA